UCCCUCUUUCUCUCUCUCUCCUCUCUCUCUCUCUCUCUCUCUCUCUCUCUCUCUCAUCGCCUGCUCCCCAAACUCUCACCGCCAUCUCACUACGAUAUCCCCCUCGCUUCAGUUUUCUUAACCCUCUUUCUCUCUCUAUACGUCUUAAGCCUUCGAGAAUUACCCGCCAAAUAGGUCCCUUCCUCCGCCGCCGCACCAUCGCGCCUCCUCCUCCUCCGCCGCCGCCGCCCCAGGGACGGGGAUCUCCGCCGCCGACGGAGAUGGGAGACGAGGGCGCGGCCUCCUCCUCCGCCGCGUCGAGGAAGAGGGGGAGGGACGGGGAGCUGAAGCGCGUGGCGGAGGUCGUGAUGGUUCUGUCGGCGAUGGCGGAGAUGAGGGGCGGGCGGGAUCCGACGGCGGCGGAGACGGCGAUGAUGGCGGAGGCGAGGGAGAGGCUGGCGCGGGUGUGCGAGGGCGUUAGGCCGAAGGAUUUGUUCUCCAGGGAGGCGGUUAGGGUUUUGGCGGAGGAUCUUGGGCUAAGCCGCUCGAAAGAUCCAGUGAUGGGGUUCCGGCCCCCCAAGAUGACCAUUGCUGAGAAGGUCUCGCUCACCAAGAGAAAGAUGGAGGAAGCAAAGGAAGUUGCCAUGAAUUCAUCUGUUUAUUCAUCCCAAGGAACUAUGUUGCAUGGAGCAUCUAGGUUUUCUUUAGACAAGACAAGUCCAUUGGCACUCUCUGCAGGAGGCUUUCAGAGUCCUACUGUCGCAUAUUCACCUGCACUAGCUUCUGCUUCUGCCUCUUUGAAGCAACCGCAAAUAAAUGAAAUUCAUCAAGCAGUAACUCCUGAAAAAGCAGUAUUGGGCCCUUCGUUAGCAUCACCUCAUCCAGAAGCAGCACAUCUCAGGUUUGAUGCACGAUUUGGCGGACCGACUUAUUUAACCCAGGCUAGAGCUACUUCUGUUGACUAUGCACCGCAAAAAGCCUCAACAACUCCUGUCCAAUUAGCAUUAGCUAUCCCAGCACAGACAAGUAAAUCGGUUGAUAAUGAAUCAAAUUUAUUGCCAGCUUCAAGUCAUGCAAUGAGGGAUCGUCAAUUGAAGACAUUGACAAUUCAAGCUGGGGCAGGAAACCUUAUUAUGGGACAUCAAACUGUAAAAGGCCAAACAUAUACUCAUCCAGCAUCUGUUGCCCCCGUUUUUAAUGACAUAUCCAAAUACGUGCAGCAAAUAUUGCAGCGGAAGGCUUCAAAUCCACCUGACUGGACACCGCUGUCAACUGAAUACAUGAAAGAGCCUCUGAAUUGCCAAGUAUGCAAAAUUCUUAUUACUGAUGUGGAAAGCUUGCUCGUUUGCGAUAAUUGUGACAAAGGGACCCACUUGACGUGUCUUAAUAAUUAUAAAGGACCUCCUAAAGGUGAGUGGCACUGCCCAAAGUGUCUGACCUUGAGUCAUGGCAAGCCUUUGCCACCUAAAUAUGGUAGAGUUACGAGAAGUACUAGUGCACCCAAGGCCGCAUCCAAUGCAGUGGGGCAUAACCAUGUUUCUGGAGAGAGAAAAACCGAAUCUUCAGACCCGAAAAGUAAUCAACAAAAAAUAAUAGCAAAUGGAAAUUCUACCAUGCCAAAUGCCGCAUGUGCUACUAACACUAGAGGUGAUACUGUUGAAUCGAGUCCAAAUACUUGGACAGUAAGUGCAGAAGCACAUGCGAAUUUGUCCGGUGUUGUAAUGAAAAGGGAAGGCAAUUCGUCUGCUGAAAUCUUAUCUAGUAACUCGAAUGAUUGGAUUGUAUGUACUAAUAUAAGCACAAGAUGUGAAAGUUCUCAUGAGAGCAUUCAGAAUAACCCUACUGAGUCAAUGUCUGUAGUUACAACGGAAAUCACGAAGUCUGGGCAACUCAAUGGUUCUGAUAAUAAAAAGGCAAAUGAGUCUCAAGCACCCUCUACGUCUCGUAUUACCAAUAACACAGAGGUGGAAAGCGGUAUCAAAGCUUCUGCUAAUGAAAAUCGACAAGUCAGUGAGCCCUGGAUCAAUGAACUAAAGGAACGCGUGAGUGGAAAAGAAGCAUCUGAACAUAGUGCUGGUAGCCAUGAUGGGUUAGAUUAUGGAGACAAUCAUCAGACAACUCCAAAUGGAGUUUUGGAAUCUAAGGAUGAAGUUAGAGAUGGUUGUAGAUCUUUGCUUGCCGAUUUGCAUACAGUGGAUUGGGUAGGCGAUGUCCUUCAAGUUGUGGGUGGAAAUUUAUAUUACAGAGCCUGUCAGGUUAAUGGUUCACUGUACAAGCUUCAGGACCAUGUUUUAAUUCCUGCUGAUGGGAACAGUUCGAUCCCUUCAAAGCUCCUGUCUAUGUGGGAAGACAAGGGUUCUGGAUCAAAGUGGGCUGUUGUGAAUCCUUAUUACUUACCCCAUGACCUUCCAGACACUGUUAUACAACCUUCUGCUGCUGAGGACAGUGAGGUAUAUGCUUCAAAUAUUCAAAGAAAGAUAACGGCUGACUCAAUCCGCGGCCUAUGUGAAGUUUUCUCUAUUGACAAGUUUAGGGAAGAGAGGGAAAAAAGAAGUGAAUUAUCUGAUUUGAAGAGCAAUUUGCAUUCGAUUUUCAUGUGCAAAUGGAAAUAUGAUGAAUCUGCAGGCAUCUUGCAGUUGAUUAGCAGUUAAUGUGGUAGUACUACAUAUUUUUCUCUGGAGAUCUGUAAUAUACGCAUUCGUCUCCUGCUAUAUUUAUUUGGAUGGGAAACAAAAAGGUACCUCGUGUGAACUGUCCCGGGAGAAGCUAAUGUAGUGGGUCUCUUGUCACGACGCCAUCAUUGUAUACUAUGUAGCUCUUUUCAAGUUCUAGAUCCCUGGCCUAGUCCUCGUGUAAUUUAUUCUGAUUUGCUCAUCAGAGAUGGUGUAAUUUACGUGCAGUACAUCUGAAUGGAAUAGUUGAAAGGGAUGGCUAUUUCGUAGAUGCUUUUCACAAGAUCGAAAAGGAAGCAGAUGGGUACAGGACGGGAUGAUCUCCAGCAUUGGUAUUGUGUAGUUAGUGUGGAAAUCUUAGUUAAAUUUGAUCGGUUUGAAAUGGAAACACGGAGAAGCUUUUGGUGCAAUUCACCGACCUAA